CUGAGUGAUCAUUUAGGACUUGGUAGACAAAAUUCGAACGGCAGGGUGACGUAUACUCAAGAGAGCAGGUCAUCAAAGGAAAUUGGGGAAUUUGAAGAGCCAGUUCUUCUGCAUAUGAAUCACACUACCAUGACUAAUUAUUUACAUGCGUUGGCAGAUAGAUAUCCGAACCUCACCCAUCUAUACUCCAUUGGUACUUCAGUUCGUGGACGCCAACUCUGGGUGUUGACAAUUUCGAGGUAUCCACGGAAACAUGAAACAGGAGUUCCAGAAUUCAAAUACAUUGCAAAUAUGCAUGGUAACGAGGUAUCAGGUCGGGUCUUUCUGCUGGGCCUAGCAUGGACUCUGCUUCACAAUUAUUAUACUAAUGAAUGGAUCCGAAAUCUUGUCGAUACCACACGAAUACAUCUACUGCCAACGAAUGAAUCCGGAUGGCAAGUUUGCAAAGAACUUAGUUGCAUAUGCCCGUUUGUACUGUGUGGCAAUUUGCUCUCGGACGUUUUCAGCACGAAUGGUGACACCUUUUUCAGUUAUGAGCUCGCUUAUGAAGGUGAUGAGGCAGGAAUUCACGGAAGAACCAAUGCUAACAAUAAAGAUUUGAAUAGGAAUUUCCCCAGCAGAUUUCCCAAUUAUUUCCCGUCUGAAGAGCUUCAGCCGGAAACUGCAGCAGUGAUGAAAUGGACGAAAUCGAUCCCGUUUAUUUUAUCAGCUAGCCUUCAUGGUGGCACAACACUGGUGAACUAUCCGUUCGAUGACCAUCCGACUCGAAGCGCUUCACGUCGUUACUCACCGUCACCGGAUAAUGAAUUAUUUGUUAGAUUAGCCUACUCUUAUUCAAAAGUACACGACCGAAUGAACAAACAGGGCCCACGAUGUCUCGACGAUCACCUGAAUUUGGCUACAGAACCACAGAACGGAAUUGUCAACGGAGCAGACUGGUAUAUAGUGUCUGGUGGAAUGCAAGAUUGGAAUUACUUACACACUAAUUGCUUCGAACUGACUAUCGAACUGAACUGCGUUAAAUAUCCUCCAAGAAGUGAACUAAAAACGCUUGUGGGAUGA